AUGUCAUCGCCCACGAAAAGAUCGACACGCAGCUCAGCGACUCCCCGUGGUUCUGCUCAGCCAGAAAAUUCCCAGCAGCAGGUUCCCUCGAGUCCUUUGCAAUACCAAUCCUCUUCACCAGGACCCAGUGGUCAAAAUGAUAUCCCUGGAGAUGUAUCCUCGCCAUUCGCGCAGAUGACAAACAGUCAGAGCACCCGCGGUCGCAGCGAUAUCCCUAGCUCGCCUUUUGAUCAGAUGAGAGAUACCCAAAGCGACGUCGAUCCCCAAAGAACACCCCGAGCCAACCCAACAACCCCAGCCUACAAUGGAGGAUCUUCACCCAUAUUCUAUCAAAGCUCAAGCCCCGGAAGAUCACGACGACAGCAGUCGGAGCUUCGAAGUGAAGGCAGUGGACUAUUCUUAGGCUCUCAAAUCGGCACACCUGCGCCUCACCGCCGAGGUGAUAUUAACUCUGACGCAGCACGAACACCCCGCGCCGUUCGUCGAGUUAUUCUUGACGAUGCUGGUCGUGUCAUUCGUGAGAGCCCAGCUGAAGGAUCUGAUGCUGCUUCAUUCGCAAACAGAGACCCCAACACCUCCGAGGCUGAUGCUCUUGGCGGAGCAGGGCAAAGUCUUAUCUGGGGUACGACCGUUUCUAUCGAUGAUACAUUCGCCUCGUUCAAGGAUUUCCUCCGCAACUUCACCCAGAAAUACCGUAUGUAUCGCGAUGGUGCGUCCGACGAAGACGUUCAGAAUGCCCCUGAUGCGGAAUCGAAGCCCUAUUGGGAGGCUCUGGAAAAUAUGUUGCUUCUGGGUGCGACAAGACUUUACCUCGAUAUUUCCGACCUGAACCUCUACCCACCCACACGAAAGCUGUGGCAUCAAAUCCAAGCGUAUCCUCAAGAAAUUGUGCCUGUUAUGGAUCAGUCCGUUCAUGAUAUGAUGGUUGAGAUUGCCCGGGCAGAGACUAUGAGAAACCGUUCUCAGAGCAGUGCUGGUCACCAGGCUUCGCAGCAGAACACACAGAGCUCCGACUAUGCUUUCCCUAGCUCAGAUAGACCCGAGGAGGCACCUACACCUCGAGCACAACAUGAUCAGCAGCAGGCUUCGCUUGAGGACCAGGUGGCUUCCUCCAUUUACGUCCUCCGACCUUUUGGAUUGGACAAGACUACAAACCUGAGAGACUUGAAUCCUUCUGACAUGGAUCGCCUUAUCUGCAUCAAGGGUCUGGUCAUCCGUACCACUCCUGUCAUUCCCGAUAUGAAGGAUGCUUUCUUCCGUUGCAACGUCUGUUUCCACUCUGUCAACGUCGGGUUGGAUCGUGGCAAGAUUCGUGAGCCUACUGAGUGCCCUCGCGAAAUUUGCAAGUCCAAGAAUUCCAUGCAGAUCGUCCACAACCGAUGCUCUUUUGAGGACAAACAAGUCAUCAAGCUUCAAGAGACACCCGAUGCGGUACCUGCUGGUCAGACACCUCACUCAGUCUCAGUCUGCGUGUACAACGAACUUGUUGAUUUCUGUAAGGCUGGUGACCGUGUUGAACUGACUGGUAUUUUCCGUGUCAGCCCCGUUCGAGUCAACCCUCGUCAGCGUGCUCUCAAGAGUGUGCAUAAAACCUAUGUUGACGUUUUGCACAUUCAGAAGGUCGACAAGAGGCGCAUGGGCGCUGACCCGUCAACCCUUGGAAUCGCUGGUGAGGAGGAAGCCGAAGGUGGCGAGAAUGGCAUCGAAGAGACACGAAAGAUUACCCCUGAGGAUGAGGAAAAGAUCCGGGAGACAGCCGCCCGUGAUGAUAUUUACGAUCUUCUCUCUCGUUCCUUGGCCCCUUCGAUCUACGAAAUGGACGACGUCAAGAAGGGUAUCCUGCUGCAACUCUUCGGUGGUACCAACAAGACGUUCCAAAAGGGUGGCAGUCCCAAGUACCGAGGUGACAUUAAUGUCCUUCUCUGUGGUGACCCUUCGACGGCUAAGUCGCAAAUGCUCUCUUACAUUCACAAGAUUGCUCCUCGCGGUGUUUACACCAGUGGUAAGGGAUCAUCCGCUGUCGGUUUGACCGCCUACGUUACCCGAGAUCCAGAGACAAGACAGCUCGUCCUCGAGUCUGGAGCUCUGGUUUUGUCGGAUGGUGGUGUCUGCUGUAUCGACGAGUUCGACAAGAUGUCAGAUGCCACACGUUCCGUACUUCACGAAGUGAUGGAACAGCAGACUGUGUCAGUUGCCAAGGCUGGUAUCAUUACAACUCUCAACGCGCGAACCAGUAUUCUUGCCUCAGCCAACCCUAUCGGCAGUCGUUACAACCCUGAUCUCCCCGUUCCUCAGAAUAUCGACCUUCCUCCCACACUCCUCUCUCGUUUUGAUCUGGUCUACCUCAUACUGGACAAUGCUGAUGAGAAGAACGAUCGUCGCCUGGCCAAGCAUCUUCUGUCUCUUUACCUUGAGGACAAGCCUCAGUCGGCUCCUACCGACAACGAUAUUCUCCCUGUCGAGUUCUUGACCCUUUACAUUUCUUACGCACGCUCCAAGAUCCAACCUGUCAUCUCCCAGGAGGCUGCUCAGGAGCUGGUCGAUUGCUAUGUCGCCAUGCGCGCUCUCGGACAGGACGUUCGCGCUGCUGACAAGCGUAUCACUGCCACAACCCGUCAACUCGAGAGUAUGAUUCGUCUGUCUGAAGCCCACGCCAAGAUGCGCCUCGCUGAGACAGUCACUCGUGACGAUGUCCGCGAAGCCAACCGACUUAUUCAGAGCGCUUUGAAGACAGCCGCCACAGAUGCGAACGGUCGUAUUGACAUGAGUCUUCUCACCGAGGGAACUAGUGCGGCUGAUCGCAAGCGUCGCGACGAGCUUCGCACCGCUCUUCUACAUCUCUUGGAUGACAUGACAGCUGGAGGCAACACAGUUCGAUGGAGUGAUGUUGCUCGCCGACUGGGCGAGGGUUCCAGUAUUCCUGUUGAACAAUCCGAGUUCACCGCGGUGAUGAAGGCUCUGGAGACCGAGAAUGCUGUUGUGAUCAUGGGUGAAGGCGCGAGAAGGACCAUCCGCAGGGUGACCUCUGUCGCAUAA